GGGAAAGGUGUACGUGUCUCUGAUGCAGCAUCACAAUAGUGCGUGCGUGUGUGUGUGUGCGUAUUUUCCUAAUUCGGAACCGCCAUCCAGGCAAUCCAGGAGCAGUUUUCCUGCUACUUUUGCUGCCCCUUUUUUCCCCACACCAGUCGGACCACUUGGCUUCCGGACGCUUCGCUUUCCUCAGUGGGUGAUACGCAGAAGCCAGCUAGGGAGUUGGCAAGCCCGAAACGACGGUCAUUAUCGUUGGAGCUAGUGCGCGUUUGCCGUAGUGGCCAGUGUCGUUCGUGCGUGAAUUCAAACGACAAGUUUGCUGCGCCGGGUGAAUUGUCUGUUCUGCAUCGUGAACGCCGAUCCGGAGAGAAAACGUUAACAUCGGACCCGGUACACUUGUUCCCGUUUGAUCCGGCGUUUUUUUUUUUUUGCACCUCGGUGUGAGCGCGCUGUUCCAGAGGGUCCACCAGCUUUUCGGUCAGCCUUCCUUCGGUCCCACGGCCCUCGUUCCUUUGCUUCAUUUCCCAGUCUCCCGUAGUAGUUAACCGGGUGUGUUUAGCGUACAAAUUCCUGUACUAUAUACACACAUACACACACACACAUACAACCACGCAUUAUCGUUGUACAGUUUUAGGUGCAGCGAAAAUAACAACACAAAAAAGCAACAUGGCUACCAGUGUACAUUUAGUGUUAUUUCUGUAUCUAAUGGUCGUCUGCAUGUUCUACAACCCAACGAACAGUGGAGCCGUUCAGCUAAACAGUGAGAAUAUCGAUAUGACACUCGCGUCUAACGAACUGGUUUUGAUCAAUUUCUAUGCCGACUGGUGUAGAUUUAGUAAUAUACUGCAGCCAAUCUUCGACGAGGCAGCGGAAAAGGUGCAAGCAGCAUUCCCCGAGCCGGGAAAGGUAGUGAUGGGUAAGGUGGAUUGUGACCGUGAAUCAGCGGUCUCGUCACGCUUCCACAUCACCAAAUACCCCACGCUGAAGGUGUUGCGCAAUGGGCAGCCGACCAAGCGGGAGUAUCGUGGGGCGCGCACGGUAGAAGCGUUUACCGAGUUCAUACGGAAGCAGCUGGAAGACCCGAUCCGGGAGUUCCAGAACAUCAAGGACCUGGAACAGCUCGACUCGAAGAAGCGCAUCGUGGUGGGUUACUUCGACCGCCGGGACAUGCCCGAGUACAACACGUUCCGGCGGGUCGCCACCAAUCUGAAGGAGGACUGUCAGUUCCACGUUGGCUUCGGAGACGUAGUGCAGGCAUUGCAUCCUCCAGGUCACCCGAUCAUUGUGUUCCGACCGGAUGUGGCCAUGUCGAACGAAAACGAUGAGACGUACAUGGGCGAUUUGAAGAGCUUCGACGAGCUCAACAUCUGGGUGCAGGAAAAGUGCGUACCGUUGGUGCGCGAAAUCACGUUCGAAAACGCGGAAGAGUUGACCGAGGAAGGGCUGCCGUUCCUAAUUCUGUUUUACGCGCCGGGCGAUCUGGAAUCGAUCAAGGACUACAAAGCUAUCGUACAGCUGGAUCUCAUCACCGAGAAACAAAAUGUGAAUUUCCUUACCGCUGACGGCAAACGGUUUGCGCAUCCGCUGCAUCAUCUCGGCAAAACCCAGGCGGACCUGCCACUGAUCGCGAUCGACUCCUUCCGCCACAUGUACUUAUUCCCGAACUUUAAGGAUAUCUAUGUACCCGGUAAAUUAAAGCAAUUCCUAAACGAUCUCUACAGUGGUAAACUGCACCGUGAGUUCCACUACGGCCCCGAAAAGGAUACUGCAGCUGAUACGAACGCGAUCGAUGAUGGCAAGAAGCCGACGACGCCACCCGAAUCCACAUUCAAAAAGCUAGGACCGUCGAAGAAUCGGUACACUUUGCUACGUGAUGAGCUGUAAGGUUGUUGCAAUGCUACAAAGUAGACCGCGCCACUAAGCGAAGUGUGGCGAUGUGUGUGCGUGUGUGCGUGUGUGUGUGUGUGUGGGUGUCUGUACGUGUGUGAGUGUGUGGUUUAACCGUGGGCGGGACAUUACCAUUCGUUUCACGGGCGCGUUUCCGAUCGCUCCAGUUUCCUGCGCUUCCACACACAUAAAGCUGUUGGAGGCACAGGAGGAAUUUUUAGCAAAGCAAAGAGUAAGGAGUAGAUAAAAAGUGUAGACAGACAGUGGAGAGCGAAGGGCAGUAUGUUUUCCAUGGACCAUAACGUGUACAGGAUGUGUCUGCUGAUCUAUGAACGCUUGCACGAUGCGGCUCGCACCUUUCUAAAGGUACAGAUUAACCAGAACAAAUUCCAAAAUGUUUGCUAUUCAAGAGAUGCUUGCGAAAAAAACGAAACAAAUGCAUUGGUUUGUUUAUUCGCCCAUAUACUUGGGUACGUACGGCAGAAUCGUAAGUCAAUGCAGAUUUAGCAGGCGUUUAGUUAGCAAAAGCAACCAACUUUACUCGGUGCGGUUGCAGGGUAUGUUUUGAAAUAUGUAUAUGAUUUGCACUCUAAUACCGUUGGGGUCGUUCAGUAACCAGCAACACACGAUGCUUAACCCAAAAUAGUCAAUAGCGUACCGCGUGGUAAGAUGUUUCUAAAAGUUAAAUUUUCUGCUAGUUUUUGUGUUGUUUUCCUCUGCAUCCGAGCCCGACGACGUGCUGUUAGGAAGGAAAUAAACAAAGCAAAGCUAACAGUGUGCGCUCGUGACGAUACAUAUUCCCAAAAGACAUGCUCAAGACGUGCAGCUGGCGCAUGAACCUGUCAGCUUUAGCGAGGAGGCAUUCUAACGCGCUCGUAAUCGAAACAGAAAGAGCGCAAAAAUAAUAGUUGAUGAUUUUAAUUUGUUUACACGUUUUUCCGUUUUGUUUUUCCUUCUCACACCGUAGUAAGUCCCGUACGUUAUAGUCGAGGUAGAAAAAUUUACAGUUGAAUUGAAUGUGUUUUAUUUAGUCCUUGUUUUUUUUAUGGUUGACUGCUCCAAAAACGAAACAGGCCGCAACCGUACACCAUCUAUGGCAUUAUUGAGCUUUACUCCGAAUCGCCCAAACUAGAUGCACUUUUCGUUGCCGAAUGAAACAUAUUUUCAACCACUAUUGCCAACGUUUAUCAAAAAUUAAUCAUCCCAAACCUAUUGCUACCGCGCAGCAGCAGCAGCUACGCUUGAACUGAUUCGGAAGAAGAAGAAAACAAAAAGCUAAGAGGUUGUUGAGCGGAUUAAAUUGAAUCUAAAACUACAAGGCAGGGCAGCGUACAGUCUUUUUCGUAAGGCCAUUAGCAAAAACCCUAUCAAUAAAUAAGACAAUUAAGCAAACAA